AUGUCGUCCUCUGAAGCCAUGAACAGAUAUUGGAUUCCCAAUAUGGACAUCCAUAAGAAGGUCAUCGUUGCAGAGAUCCAGUAUCACCUCGGACCUCAGGCGAGCGUGCGCCCCUUUACAAAAGAGGGCGAAGACGGCUUUCUCAUAAUGACGCCGGGGCCGUGCCUCUCAGAUGAGCAAAUCGAUGAUAUCUGCAUCAAGUCCCGCGAGAUGUGGGAGAGACAAGCAGCAGCCCGCGGAAGCACUGGGGACAAGCCUCUGAAGCGUCCCCUCCACAAGCCCGUCGUCAUCUCCAAGAGUGGAUCGCACGGCUCCCACCACAGAUCGCGGAGAGGCGAUGACCGAGGAAGCUCAUAUCGUAGGCGUGCGAACACCUAG